UUCAAUGUAUUAGAGCAAGAAUGAUAGAGAUAUUUCCACCUUUCUUGGUUUGGAGGUCAUUUUAUUGUCGGGUUUAGUUGUUUCGGUAUUAUCUAUGGUUUCUGUUGACGAAAAAAUCAAGAAUUGUGAUACGUUCGGACGUCAUGGUGGUAUAAUUGCGGCAGUUUGCAUUGCUUUUGAAGCAUUUGAUCGUAAUUUACACAGAUCGAAGUCCAUAUAGUAGAGUUUAUGAAGUGAGAAAAAGUUUCAUGAUGACCUGGCAUAAAUGACAUACAUAGUAUCAAUUAUUUGCAAGAAUGCAAACCGACGAGGAGGAUAUAAUUGUCAGUGAUUCCAAUACCCCAGUCAGGCAUACACGACCGCUUCAMACGGAUGAAUCGUAUGAAUCAUAUGCGACCAAAACAACAGCAUCGCUGGAAACUCCACCAGCAACGCCACCAGCAGAAAACAGCGAUGCUAGCACAAACGACAAUACUCGCAAUGUGAGAGAGUGCCGGAAGUUUCACAAUAUCGACUAUGACGAUCACACUUCAGCAUAUUCGCAAUCUGAACCCGACGAAGAUCCAAGCUUUGUUUUUUUCAGCGAAGGCGAUUUACCGGCAGUCGCGUUUGAGCCACCGUACACAGCGCCUCUUGCACCAUUGCUUACACCAAAAAGGUGGCGGAGAAAGCAUAGUACUAAAGCAAAGAAGGGCAGUACGUGUCGGUCGAAUACUAAUAUAAAAAGGAAAUGCCGAUCGCCGGUAACAGCUUCCAAAGAAAAUUUUAAAAGUUACGACAGCCUCUGUGAGAUGUUUUUACAGAAUGAAAGAUACGCAAGUGCAUCUGGAGAUGCAGGUAGUAAUUUAAAAGUUGAAGCAUGUGAUAAAGAUAACUUAAACGGAAAAGGCAAAAGUUACUACUUUGGCAAUGAUGAUAAUCGUGGUGUUGGUGAAUGUAUUGAACUUGAUGACAAACUACUGUAUAAUAAUGAUGGUCGUACACACCGAAACGUUGAUAAAAGAAAACUUCAGCACACAACGAGUUUGACACUCGACGCAGAGACAUCGCAACAUCGAAAUAACAAUUUGGCCAAAAUUAAUCGUCAUAUCAGGCGUAAUAAUAGUUCUAAGUUCACAACACCGUUAGCUCCAAUGACUGAUGACAUUUUAGAAAAUAAUUUUGUAAAUGAAGAAGACUGCUGCCCAUCAACGAAAUACAAUGAGACACUGUUUUUUACGGAUGGUGUGCGUUCAAUUGAUUUUGUGCUUGCCUACAAGGUGGAUCUGGACGCAAGCCAAGAAGUGAUCAAUUCGCAUAAGCGUUUCAAAUAUGAAGCCAACCUGUUGCAAAAUGGACUACAGAUGGAAGUGGAUAUUAGGGAGCAGCAGCAUAUUCAUUUUGUGAAAAUACAUGCGCCAUUGGAUGUUUUACGUCGCUAUGCCGAAAUUUUAAAGCUGCGUAUGCCUAUGAAGGAGGAUCUUUGUAGUACCACAGUUUACAGCAAAUACAGUCGUUUGCUACAUGCAGCGCAAUAUCUCUCACGAAAGAUACCCGGCAUGUCUGCAGUGAAUCGCUCAACUCGAAGUGUUUUUUCUAGUCUCAAAAGUGUUGUGCAAUUCUUUCUUCGUAACAUUUUUGUUGAUGAACGAUAUUUCCCUCGUCGUGCCUACCGUUUCACCGCCAUCUACAGUCGUGAUAAAGAGUAUUUAUUCGAUAUACAUCAUCGAUGCUUCUUCACAAAUGCGGUGCGCUCUCGUAUUGUGCAGUUUAUAUUGGAUCGGCAAUAUUUCGAUAACCCCGACAAGGAUCCGCGAGCAUUCGGUAUUGAUCGCAUGGUAGAGUCGAAUGUUUAUUGUGCUGCUUAUCCGCUGCAUGAUGGCGAAAUCACAGAGAAAGGUACAAUGCGCGAAGCUCUUUAUACACACUGGGCCUCCGUUAAGAAAUGGUAUCGCUAUCAGCCGCUUGAUUAUGUAAAGGAAUAUUUUGGCGUUAAAAUUGGUCUGUAUUUCGCUUGGUUAGGUUUUUACACCUAUAUGCUGUUGCUUGCCUCCCUGAUUGGCAUUAUCUGUUUUGUGUAUUCAUUGAUAACAUUAAAGGAUUAUGUCCCAGUCCAAGACGUUUGCUCCAAUGAGCAUACUAAUAACCUCACUAUGUGUCCCCUUUGUGAUCGAUGUGAUUUUUGGUAUCUCAAGGAGACAUGUUUUUAUGCCAAAAUUACCUACCUCUUUGAUAAUCCCAGUACUGUGUUCUUUGCUGUCUUCAUGUCCUUUUGGGCUACACUUUUCUUGGAGUUAUGGAAACGUUAUUCAGCGGAGAUUACGCAUCGAUGGGAUUUAACUGGCUUUGAUGUGCACGAGGAGCAUCCUCGUCCCGAUUACCUGUCGCGGUUGGGACAUGUGAAAAACACUCGUACGCGCAUUGAUUACGUUACGAAUAUACAAGAACCAGUAGUACCUUUUUGGCGCAUGAAAUUUCCUGCCACUAUUCUAAGUGUUUCGGUUGUUUUUCUGUUGAUACUUUUGGCUUUCGUGGCGCUUGUUGCGGUAGUUGUUUAUCGCAUGUCUAUGCUGGGCACUUUCAAACUGAAUUCUAGUACGAUGACAACUUCGAGCGCCAUCAUGUUGGCUACAGCUUCGGCGGCGUUUGUCAACUUAUGUCUGUUAUAUAUGCUGAAUUAUGUGUACACACAACUCGCUGAGUACCUGACUGAACUGGAAAUGUGGCGCACACAAACGCAAUUCGACGAUUCAUUGACACUGAAGAUUUAUUUAUUGCARUUUGUAAACUAUUAUGCAUCCAUCUUUUAUAUAGCAUUUUUUAAAGGAAAAUUCGUUGGACAUCCAGGAAAAUACAACACAAUAUUUGAUUAUCGACAAGAGGAGUGCUCCUCUGGUGGCUGUUUGACUGAACUCUGUAUUCAGCUGGCAAUCAUUAUGAUUGGAAAACAAGCUUUUAACACCAUACUGGAAGUAAUAAUGCCAAAGAUUUGGCGAAAAAUCAUGGCCAUACAAGUAGGUCUGUCGCGUUUGUUCAACAGUAAAACUCAUGAUGUGAAUAAAGAGAAAGUGGAACGAUAUUUGCGCGACUUAAAAUUACUUGACUGGGGUCCACGCAGCUUAUUUCCGGAGUAUUUGGAAAUGGUUUUGCAGUAUGGUUUCGUUACAUUAUUUGUGGCCGCCUUUCCUUUGGCGCCUUUCUUUGCGUUACUUAACAAUAUAUUCGAAAUGCGUUUGGAUGCGAAAAAGUUGCUGGCCAACCACAGGCGUCCCGUUUCACAGCGUGUGCGUGAUAUUGGUGUUUGGUAUCGGAUAUUGGACAGCAUAGGCAAGCUGAGUGUGAUAACUAAUGGCUUCAUUAUUGCCUUUACAUCUGACUUUAUACCUCGCCUAGUUUAUCGUGCAAGUUCUGAGGGUCAUACGCUUGCUGGCUAUUUGAAUUUUACAUUAUCCGAAUAUAAUAUAACGGAAUCCGAUAAUUUGCGUAGUUUAGCUGGUGAUGAUUCAAAUAUAAGAACGUGUUUUUAUGCUGAUUUUCGAGAACCACCAACUUCGCCCCGAAAAUAUUAUUUAACAAGUACAUUUUAUAUCAUACUCGCUUGUCGAUUGGCUUUUGUUGUGGUAUUUGAGAAUUUCGUGGCGCUUGUUAUGAUUUUGGUACGUUGGUGCAUACCCGAUAUGAGCGUUGAGUUGCGCGACCAGAUACGACGAGAAGUUUAUCUCACAAAUGAAAUAAUUAUUGCCAAGGAAGCUGAGCGGGCACGAUUAGGGUUGGAUAGACGUAGUUGUUCCGUCUGUGGACAUGACUAUCGUGCGGACACAAUGUGAAAUACACAAAAAAUCUUCCUCGCAAGAGAAUCUUUCUACGYUUAAGAAAAAAGUCACAAAUAUUACUGCAUGUAGAAAAAAUCUAUUUUUAAUAUUAAUAUACAAACAUGGUUAAUGCUGGAAAAUGUAAUGGCAAUUUGUUUUCAAACUUAUGUAAAUCUUACGUUGGGUCAAUUUCGACUCUUUGAUUACAACUGACUUUAGWAUUUAGUAACAAGUAAUCUCCAAAACUAUGACUCGGUGCUCUGAAAGCGCUCUAGAUCUAUGUUAAAUCAUAUGUCUUUAAAAUCUCAUAUAAUUAUACAUAYACGUAUUUACUUGGACUUUUUGCAACUGCAAAUGUUUUGUUAGUUAGGUGCUAAAUAUUUAUUUAAAUUUUUUAUUURUAUCUUGUUAGUUAUUACUGAAGUUUCACAUCCUCAGAGUCGAGCAGAUAUAUUAUGCUAUAUGCUAUAUGUUCUCAGUGUGCAAAUAUAGAUAUUAAUUGUUAAAAAACUCACUGUUAGAAGUAUUUAAUAUUAAUGUGUUAAAUAGGAAAUAUAAGUUACUAUGUUGCAACUUUUUAUUUGCUUUAGAAGGGCAAUUUAUGAAUAUAAGUUCUUGGAAUAUAGGAAUAUGGAACUCUUUUAGCUUGGUUAUAGAGAUAAAAAUAAAAUU